UUAUAUUUUUGAAAGAUCCCGCUGUCAGACUGUUUGGAAAUUCACACAUAAACGUAGAAACAUGAUAUCACAGCUUAUUCUGAUGUUUUAGAAGAGAACAGAAUGCAACUUUUUUUUUUCUUUUUUUUUUAAUAUCAAACAUUUGCUUACAAAGUACAAAAGUGAGAAAUAAGCCAAGAGAAAAGAGCCAGGGGUUCAGGGACGGCCAAAUAUUACAUCACAUUGAAAAUGAGAAAAUAAAAUAAAUAAAUAACAAAAAUUGAUUAAUUAAUUAAUGAGGAAAUAUCAAUUAAACAGAUCACAUAAACAUAAUCCUCCCCACAAAACAAAAUAAAGAUUAUAGAAAGACACCAAAAAGUGAGCAUACGUUCAAAGUUUUAGUAGCCUUUUUGUUACAGGAGGUAGAUAAGGAUUUCAUAUAGAUCUUAACAUCUUCUUGAAAAUGACAAAAAUGGGGGUCACUAACAGAAUGCAACAGUUUAGACCAAUGAGGAUUAAGCUGUGACGUCAUCAAGUGGUUUCACAUGAUUUCAGAUGAUUCACUCCUCCACUUCACAACAGACCUGAAGCACUGACUGUUCCUUCAGCUCUUCUGUCGCUGUAUCUCCAGAUCUUCAGCCUUUAUCAUGAGAUUUAUGGCUUUUUGUGUUUAAAUGUAGCAUUUAGGAAGUUGGGAAAAUAGGAACUGUUGUAAUUUGAAACCGUUCACCGAAAUGCCAAAACAUAUAAAUUACAUGGACAUGAUGUUUAUAUUCAUCUGUUUGUGUUUAUGGAGUCUGAAUGGUGUGUUUGUUGCUGAUGCAGUGAAGUCAGAGUCAGUGACUGAGGGAGAAUCAGUCUCUCUGAACUCUAGAUUCACUCAAAUACACAGAGAUGAAGAGAUCGAGUGGAAGUUUGGUGACGUUCUCAUAGCUAGUGUAAUGAACAACAAGAGUAUGUUUUAUGAUGAAAGUGCUGAAGGGAGAUUCAGAGACAGACUGAAACUGGAUCAUCAGACUGGAUCUCUGACCAUCAUCAACAGCAGAACCACAGACUCUGGACUUUAUACAGUCUCCAGCAGUGAAAGAGACACGAUCAACACGAUCAAUCUCACUGUCUAUGCUCGUCUGCCUGUUCCUGUCAUCAGCAGAAACUCUUCACUAAACUCUUCAUCAUCAUCAUCAUGUUCAUUGGUGUGUUCAGCUGUGAAUGUGAGUCAUGUGACUCUCUCCUGGUUCAAAGGAAACAGUGUAUUCUCCAGCAUCAGAGUGUCUGAUCUCAGCAGCCGGUCUGAUCUUCUUCUCCAUCUGGAGUGUGUAGAUGAUUCCUACAGCUGUGUGCUGAACAAUCCCAUCAGAAUCCAGACUCAACACCUCAACAACACUCAGCUCUGUCACACAUGUGCUGCAGAAGAGAGUAUCCACUGUUGUGGUUUCACUGAAGCUGUGAUCCGAUUGGCUCUCUCUGGUCUGGUGGGUGUGGCUACUGUGGCUGUUCUGGUUUAUGACAUCAGAUCCAGAAGUCUUCAACAGAAGAAGAGCGUCCAGAAAUAUCCAUCAAACUCUGAUUAAUCUGAUACUCAGGAAGGUAGAGAUGUUCUUCAACAACUGUAGAUGUGAUAUUACAAGACAUAUCGUUUUAGUAAUGUAAGUUUUAGUAACUAAACAAUGUAGUUAACUAAUGUUAACUAAUGAACCUUAUUGUAAAGUGUUAGCAAUAUUCUAUUUUCAUACAUAAUAACCAACAAAUGUAAUAUUUCUUAUGUAAAAUGUCUUCCUCUGGCCUUGAUAACAGCUUGUGUUCUUGCUGGCAUUGUUUUUUAAACACAGUCACUGUUGUUAUUGACUGUAAUUAGACAUCUGAAUAAUAAAAAAAGUAAUAAAAAUAUAAAGUGAUUUUCCGCUCAAUGAGAUAAUGAUCUUGAAGUCUGUUAUCUAAAUAAAAGCAUUAAUAAGAUUAUUACUUGUGUUUGCUGACAGAUUGUCGGGGUUAUGAUGUUUAUCCCUAUUUCACUGUUAUAUUUAUUUAACAGAAAAAGACCAUGAUAUUGAUCAAACAAGUUUGUUUAACUUAAUUUGUAUUUUUUAUAUAGGUAAAUGUAAUGGUUUUUUUUCUUUCUUGUUUUUUAUGCUGUUUCUUUAAUCUCUCAUGAUGAUGUUCUUAGUGUGAGCAGACAGACUUUAAUAAGUGGAAAUAAUUUCCUUUGAAUAGACAAGUGAUUAUAUUUGUUAGAUUAUUUAGUUUUUAGUCACGAGAGAUUUUUUUAUUAUUAUUGUUAUUUUGGUUCAAGUGCAUAUUAAACAAUAAAUCAUUUAAAGGUUUUUCAGGAUCUGCAUGUGUCUUAAAUGUAGCAAUAACUUGACAAGAAGAAAGAAGGAUGAUGGAUGAUUUGGCACAGGACAGGGAUUAACAGAACUGUAUAAAUCUGAGGUAUAUAUUACUUCAAACUAUUGAUU